CUCAGGCGUUUGCUCCGCGCCCCCGAGCCGCGCGGCGGCGGCGGCGGCGGCCGCACCAGCAGCAGGAAGCGCGGCCGCAGCGGCCCAGCCCCGCUCGGCUCCCCCUUUCGCCGGCGCCUGCCUGUCUUGCGUGUGCGUGUGCGUGUGCUCAGCCUCAGCGUGAGGGGCACCUGCUCGUCCGGGCUCACAGCGCAGGCAGCGUCGCCCGGAGCUGCCGCCGCCGCCGGUGCUGCCGCUCGCAGGCGCCGUGCUCCCUGUCGCCGCCGCCGCCUCGCCACCGGAGCUGGGCGCCGUGGGGCUCCCCCCCUCACAGCCUCGGUCCUUCCUCGCUGCCUGCGAGUCAGCCUGGCUUCGAGUCACGUGUCAGUGCCUGAGGCUGAGACUGGGAAAAAAACGCGCUUCAUUCCUUCUUCCACCGCCAUACUGUAUUUUAUACUAAAUCUCAUUUUUAUUUCAACAUUUUACUCCCGCUCGUUUUUCUAGCAUGCUGUGGUUCUGUAGACAAGGCGCUGUGUCUGGGAGUCCGCGGCAACCGUGCCCGCUGGGAGCGACACCCAAGUCCAGCAAAAUAUGCAACUGGUUUUAUGAAAAAGCGAUGUGAAGUAUGGUGCCUAUUUUUUUCCUUUGUAAAAAUAAAAAGCAUGUUUCUAACUCUUUUUUUGCGUACUCUUUUUCUGAUAAGAUUUUUGUAUAGGUGGGAUUUUACGGCAGUGUUUACAAGUUUGUGGUUUUGUAAUACUGGUACAAACCACUGAGCAAAGACAUUAAUUUUCUAUUUUUUGGUGCCCUUUUUGGAAGCCGGUGAGAACAAAUUCGUUUUUUUCCUGUUUUUGGUACCCAUUGAUAACAUGAAACUUUUCUUGCAGCUGGUUACUGGGAUUAUUUUUAAGCAAAACACUUUUUUCCUCCUUUAAAUUAACUAUGACUUUUGCACAUUUGACUUUUUUUAAAAAAAACAGAUAAUUUUAUGAUAGAUAUCCUGAUAUCUAUAUUAUCCCUUCUUCCUUCUCCUCCCCUCCCCGUAAAUCAAUUUUCAAAUGAUGGCAGUGGAAGGUUUUUCUGGAAAAAAAAAAAAUGAAGUGCGGUUUGGUUUCCUUGUCAACGGAGGAUGAAGUGAACAGCUGAGCAGCUCGCAGAGAGCAGGAUUAAAACAGGGUGAGCCCACCAUGACUGGCAAAACACAGACCAGCAAUGUCACCAAUAAGAAUGACCCCAAGUCAAUCAACUCCCGUGUUUUCAUCGGCAAUCUAAAUACAGCCAUUGUCAAGAAAGUUGACAUUGAAGCUAUUUUCUCAAAGUAUGGAAAAAUAGUUGGAUGUUCAGUUCACAAAGGUUAUGCAUUUGUACAGUACAUGAGUGAGCGCCAUGCAAGAGCUGCAGUUGCUGGAGAAAAUGCCAGGAUCAUCGCAGGCCAACCACUUGAUAUCAACAUGGCAGGAGAACCCAAACCAUACAGACCAAAACCUGGAAACAAGCGGCCCCUUUCUGCACUUUAUAGGCUUGAGUCAAAGGAGCCUUUCCUGUCUGUUGGUGGUUAUGUCUUUGACUAUGAUUACUACAGAGAAGAUUUCUACAAUCGGUUAUUUGAUUACCAUGGGCGUGUGCCUCCGCCUCCCCGCGCAGUAAUUCCACUGAAGCGCCCCAGAGUGGCUGUAACGACGACUCGCAGAGGAAAAGGAGUCUUUUCCAUGAAAGGGGGAUCAAGAUCUACUGUCAGUGGGUCUUCUUCAUCAGGCUCUAAAUUGAAAUCAGAUGAGCUGCAGACAAUCAAGAAAGAGUUAACCCAGAUCAAAACUAAAAUUGACUCCUUGCUAGGGCGCCUGGAGAAGAUUGAGAAGCAGCAGAAGGCCGAGGCAGAAGCUCAGAAGAAACAAUUGGAGGAGAGUAUAGAGCUGAUCCAAGAUGAAUGUGUAUCAGAGAAUGCAGAUCACUCUACAGAGGAGCCUGCUGAAGGAGGGCCAGAUGCGGAUGGAGAAGAGAUGACUGAUGGGAUAGAGGAGGACUUCGAUGAAGAUGGGGGUCAUGAGCUGGAUAAUUACUUGUAUGUAAUCAUUUACAAUCAAGGAGCAAAGGAAGAGUUUCUGCAGAUAAAGUGAUCUGAAGUAAUAAAUGAUGUCACGAAAGCAGAAAAGAGAAACUGUGACAACCCCCAGAAAUGUGAAAGGAGGUUUCUUACUGGAUAGCAGCACCUUCAGUUCAAUUUAUACAAAAACCCAAAUAAAAUAAUGGACGGUAUUGUUCAAUUUUAGAAAUUCCAUUUCUUCUAUGUUCUAAGCUGUAUAAUUGUCAGGUUUUUAUGGUUUAGAUUGUAAAUGUGUUUUUCCCUUUGCUAAUUAUGUUGUUGUUUUUUUAAGUCUUAAAAGUCUUAAGAUGUGAAGGACAUUUAUGAAUGGUAAAGGAGACACUGUAUACAAAUGUAUAUUUGUAAAAGCUAUUUUUAUGAUUAGCAUGUUUUACUGUUUAUCAUAUAUAACGGCAGGUGAUAUUGCAGUUCUACAUUUAAAGCUUAUUUCCAACAUUGUCAUGUAAGAAAAGAUAUAUUGUAUGCUAGUUUUUAUAAUUUAUUUUUAAUUUAUAGUUUAAAGUACUUCAUAAGGAUAAAACACUUACAAAGGUUAUAUUUCUGCCUUCUAUAAGCACCAUUUUAUUAUUAAAGAAUGCAAAUAUUUCAGAUGUAAUUAGUUGAAGGACUGUUGGCUUGACCUGGGAUUAUAUUGAGCAUUCUCUGUUCUACUGAACUGAAA